UAAUAGUGGGAUUCCUGUGUGGCCAGGUUACAUAUUUAGUUUCAUUAUGGCGGCACUAUUGAAAAUUUUGUAUGUUUAGAAACUUGUAAUAUGACAUUACCUUCCUAUGCUUAAACAAGACAGAAGUAAGACGUCUGCCAAAUAAAACACGACAGACAAGCUAGGGAAAGCAGUUAAAUUAAGGGGGCAUGAAUUCGAGAGGAGAUGGCGAGAGAAAAAGAAUACAAAGCGAAAGGGAGAGGACCGACGCAUUUCAACUCCUUCUAGCAGCCAAAAAAAGAUGUCAACGACAGAAUGAACUUCAGGGGAUCACUCUGCAAAAAAUUCACACCGACACCCUGGAUGUCAUUAGCAGUAACCAAUGCUUUCAGGGAAUUUUGUUAGAGUCUCUAGAGGAUGGCAGUGUUCCAAUGGAUCAGUCAGACCAAGCUUUUGGAAAGUCAUUUUCAGUUUCAGGAUGCAUUGAGAUGCUGCGACAUAAAGCCAAGCCUCCACUCUGUCCAAUUGACAUGCUUGCUGCAGAAGUGAUGUCUGACAAACUCCUCACAACUCUCAGUAGUCUGUACCAAGAGAGGGGUAUAACAAGACAUCUUCUCAACUCCCAGCAAAAGGAAAUUGUAAAGACCACUGUCAAGAUAAUCAGUUCCUUGCUUGCUGAAAGUUCUUUUAAUAGGGUGCACUUUUCAAAGUGCUUAUCUGCUCAUGACAUAAUGGUGCCCCUUGAAGUCCUUUAUUCUUUGCACAUUUCACACACUGUGAGCUUCAACACUUAUUUAGCAUGCUGCACACAAGAUGACAAAGUUUGUCAUAAGAUGUCAUCAGCCCUCCUGGAAAUUGCCCACUGCAUCACAGAGCAGGACCAAUCUGCACAGAUGCAUAUACUGUCAGUUCUUUGUGGAAUUCUCCUGUCUCUGGGAUAUCCUGAGCUUUCAAAACAUGUUGACUGUGCAAAGAAUGUAUUGCAAGAGCUAUCUCAAGCUAUACUGAUAGAAGCAGUGACAAAAUGCAAAUCUGCUUGUAGUGAGAAGAUUACUGAAAAGAGGCUAGACGUUUUGGAGAUUAUUCGCUGCAUUGACAAUGUUCCAAGGUCCAGCCUGAUAAAGUUCUUCUCCUCUGCUCUCUAUCAUCUUCUGUAUGACAUUCCAUCAGUGUUUGAUGUGUGCCAAUGGGUUGGUUCCCUGACCAAGUAUCGAUACGCAACUUUGGAUGAAGUUACUCGCACACAGUUGAGUCAGUUUCUACACGUUUUCGAGCCAUCUGCCAUACUGGAGGUUAUCAAACAAGUGUUUUCUAAGGAAAAGGUUAAUUUUGGGAACUUCUUUUCUCUGAUAUCUGUGUUCAUCGUGAAUUCACCAAACGCGAAGACACUUAUUGAAGGCUGCAUGAACUCGAUGAUAACUGAUGCCUUGGCAUCUAAUGAUGAACACAUGAUCGGUCUGGCAUUCCUGGUGAUAAGGCAGGCAUGUAUGGAAGGGCCCCACGUGUUCAAGCCUUAUUCCAUGUGGUUCAACACCUUGUUCAAUGAUCCAUCCAUGUCUGGUCUCUCCAACAAGAGGGCUGUGCAGUUCUUUUUCAAUUUCCUGACAAAACUUGUACCUUAUGACCCUGUUGAAUACCUCAAGGUCCAUGUGAUCAAAGCCCCUCAUAUUCCUGCUAAUCUACGCUCACACCUCAUGGACUACACCGAUCUUGCCAAAACCAGACUAAUGGACCUCAAGGAACCAAUUGAGCUGUCAGAAACUGAUAGUUCUGCAUCAAGCAACAAAGAUGGCGAAGAAAAGCAACAGGAACAAUCAUACCACGAAGUUGAGCGAGUUAUCGGCCAGUUUAGCAAGACUGGUAAAGUACCAGCUAGUGUGAUGGAGGCCAGUAUCUUCCGCAAACCUUACUUCAUUGGACGCUUCCUUCCAGCACUCCUGCUCCCACGAAAGGUGCCAGAUACUCCUGACAUCCGGGAGAAGCUUAUAAGCACACUCAGCAGAGCUAACAAAAUCCCUAACAGUAUGUUGGCUGCAUAUCACAAGGCCUGCAGAAAGCUCGCUCAGGAACAUGAUAUUCAAGGGAAUGAUUCUGAUGAGGACAGUCAGCUAAGCUGUUUUGACAAACUGUCCAAGAGUCUCUCACGUCUUCCUGGUAUUGUACUACCACAAGGACUAUCCGCAGCGACAGGUAGAGUCUCCUCCCAUCUGUCGCUUGUUGCUGGUUACGUGAUGAAGGUGUUUACCAACAACGAGCCUGUUUCACUCCCGUCCACGACACCAGUGGUCAUAGACCCUUACGCUCCCUGUGUUGACAGCCGAUGCCUCAAAGUAGUGGAUGCCAUGUUGAACGCGUUUUGUAGAACGAUGGCAGCAGUAAGACGCAGUCAACAGAUGGGAACAGACAAGUUCAGCUGGUCGUCUCAGUUUGUCUCCAUGGUAGCUGGAUUCCCUACUCUACACGCUUCACUUUGCUACAGGCUUUGGACUCUGCUAUGCACCCAUGAUGGCUCGUGUCUGAGCGUUCACCACAUUCACGGUCUCGCCGCCUUUCUAUGCCAUAUGAGUACCCAGAGAAACCUGUUCAAACCAGUUAUCGUCAAAUCCAACCAAUCACAUAAAGACACGGCUAAACACGACGUCUGUUUCGUCGCCCGCCUCUUAGACGCAUUGCCUUUCAGUACAAGGAGACACAUGGAUAUCGCCAUUAGAUUCUAUUGCGCCUUCAUCCAGCAUGCAUCCGAGGCUUUUGCUUACGUCACCAUAGACAAAGGUUGCCAAGACAACGAUGGCAGAAGCUGUCAAGUACCUUUAGACCUAGUGAAGAAGCUUUGGUAUUUUCACCACAGACUACUCAAAUGCGCACAAAAGGGUUCUUCUAAAAACCAACACCUUUCAGAAACUACUUUUACAAUCUUACAGAGAACGACUAAUUCGAGCAUAUUCGCCAAACUCCUUGUCUCCACAACUAAGGUAUCCUUUGAUGAGUGGUUGUCGUGGGAGAUGAUGAUACGUGCCAGCGAUGACAUUAUGCCCGGAAUGGAAAGGCGUCUGUACCAUCACAUGACCACCACGUGCCGUUAUCUGGCAGCUAGCGAGACCGAGAAAGGCGUGGAUCCUAAGGUUGCUUGCUCCACGUUACUAAACAAGCUCCUUGGCGCACUUAAUAGGGAUGCGCCUGCUGUUACGAACAACCAGUGCUGUUGUGAGAGUGGUAUGAGCGUUGACACAGACAAGCAGACGAUUGAGGACAUGAUUCACCUCCUUAAGGAGCUUUUACCCUUCUUGUCACGCACGCAUACCAAACCAGGCCCUGGCGCAUCGCAUCACCCAUGGUUGAUCAAGCAGUACCAGGAACGGAUAGACCACGUGACACAUGAGUUGUGUGUAGAUGAGACCUCUAGGGAAGUGUUAGUUGGGGCCGAGACUGUGUCCUUAGUCGAACUAUGGCUGCACCUACCGCCUUAUUUGAUCUUUGUCGAUGACCCGCUUGUAUCCCCGACCCCCGAUUCCAUUACGUGUGUUACUCGGUUUAUCAAUACCGCACUGAGGUCUCACGUGACCGAGAUGUGUUGUCUGCAGCUCAGCGUCACGCUGCACUUAAUGAAGGCUGUGUUCUCUUUUGAUAUGCCACGCAUUACCGAGUCUCCCGUUACCGCGUCACGCAUUCUUCAACAGCUCAUGCAUGAGUGCCCCAUGUUUCUCGUUUCGUUACAGCAUUACUGGCCUCAAGUCAAGGCGACGGUUUCGACUCUCUACGAUCUGUCAAGCAUACAAGCGAUGGCUGAUGAAGUCGAGAACCUGCACGACUUUGUUAUGAGCAUUUGUUACAAACACAAGUCCUUGCUGACAGAAACUCACCAGGGAUCCCCCCAUAUUCUUGGCGCUUCCCUAUACCAGGCCCUUCGAACGCUCGACGUUAAGCCUGAAGCCUUCAUGUCACGGCCAGAGAAGACUCGAGAUUACAAACAGAUCACCGUUUGUGUGUUCGCAUGCGUGGUCGCUGAGCUCUCAGUCUCAGCAAUACAAGGCCGGCAGGACGAAGAAACUAGCACAGCUAUGGAAAUAUCUAAGAAGAUGCUCGAGCUUGUUCCCGAGUGCUUAAUGGUUUUUGAUAAAGAUCAACAUCAAGCCUUUGUGGAGAGUCUGCGAAAAUUAAGGGAAUUCAUAGUAGUCCGCCAUCGUGAUGAGAUCUUACCAGUUAUCUUCUUCAGUAUUGUCACGGGCCUCGCAGAGAAUACCGCUCUAAAGCUGUCCUCAAAUGCUGGCUUUUCUCGGAUUGUAAUACACAUGGAAAAUGCGCUCAGGGAUCUGCGCAAAACGUGUCUAGAUGAGGGCUUGUUGCGCAGCUGUGGGAAGAUAUUUCAGGUGGACUUCACUAUUAAAGUUUCUGCAUUCAUCAAAAAAUACUUGCAUUGUGGCUAUUAAUUACAAGAAGCCGAUUAAGUAAAACAGAAAACCGUGACCAGCGGUAUCCCACGAUAAUACGCCAAGCCGUAACCAGCGGUAUCCCACGAUAAUACGCCAAGCCGUGACCAGCGGUAUCUGACGAUAAUACGCCAAGCCGUGACCAGCUGUAUCAGUUAACAAUACAUCCGCAUUUUAUUAGAUAAAAUUAAAGGGAUCUGUAAUAUUACACGAGGACAAAUGCGCCGUGACCAGCAGUAUUUACAGGACGCGCGCUGUGACCAACGGUUAAUGAUGGCAAAGUGUGCGCCUUGGCCAUUUUCACCCAGCCGAAGCUCAAUGUAGAUAUAACAUUUAUGGUCAAAGCGACUCCUUCAAACGAAAAAUCACUAAAAAUCUCCUUCGUAAAUAUAUCAUAAAUUUAAAUUUUAAUUUUACAGUUUUCAAGUUUUCAACUACCUCUUUCUUUCAGCCUUUGUUGAACAAUAAACAAUAAACUUUGUUGAACAAUAAACAAUAUUUUUAGC